UGACUAUUUCAUAUUAAUCCUCUCUAAAUAUCAAAGUUCCCAUCAAUCUUUAAUUCAUUUUGAGCAUCUCCACCAAUUAAUUAAAACAAAUGCUUGGAAUAAAAUAAAAACCCAGGAGCCAUAGAUUCUUGAAGUUAUGUAAUCCUGUCUUGAUUCCAAACAUUAUUUGGCUGUCAAUCUUGAAAAGAAGUAUACUUGUGAGAGUGAUAUUGGCAUUUUGCUUCCACUUACGUCUUUUCUUGUCUAAUCCAACUCAUUCUUUUUUUCUUUUUUCUUAUUUUGCUCUCUUCAAUUUUGUUUAUAUUCUUUUGUGAAUGUAUUUUCUUGGGUUAACGCCAAAUGGUUGCCAAUAAAUAUAACUUUUCACGUGCGGUUGUGGAACGGCAUGGAUGAUGCUCAGGAUUGACUACUCACAGUCAGCACUAUUUUGGGUCCUAUAUUUGGUGUUUUGCCAUAAAAAGGGUGAAGUUCAGCAAAAUUAAAUAUACUUGAAAACAUGUUUCGUAAAGAAGCUGGUUUGCAUAUUCAUGAAACCGUCUCCGAUCACGGAUAUGUCGAAACCGAUCCUACAGGCCGGUAUGGAAGGUUUGGCGACGUUUUAGGCAAAGGAGCAAUGAAAACAGUGUACAAGGCGAUCGAUGAAUUGCUGGGAAUGGAAGUGGCAUGGAACCAAAUCAAACUCAACCAAGUUCUUGGUUCUCCGGACGACUUGCAGAGGUUAUAUUCCGAGGUUCACCUUCUCAGCACGCUCAACCAUGACUCUCUCAUCCAAUUCUAUACUUCUUGGAUUGAUAUUCAUCGAAAGACCUUCAAUUUCAUCACCGAAAUGUUCACUUCAGGAACUCUCAGAGAAUACCGAAAUAAAUACAAGCGAAUAGACAUCGGAGCAAUUAAGAAUUGGGCAAGACAAAUCUUAAAAGGGCUUGUGUAUCUACAUUGCCAUGAUCCUCCAGUAAUUCACAGAGAUCUGAAAUGUGACAAUAUCUUUGUAAAUGGCCACUUGGGACAGGUCAAGAUUGGUGAUCUUGGCCUUGCAGCAAUCCUCCGAGGUUCACAGUCAGCACACAGUGUCAUAGGUACGCCAGAGUUCAUGGCACCCGAGUUGUACGAAGAGGAUUACAAUGAGCUUGUUGAUGUAUAUGCAUUUGGAAUGUGUGUUUUAGAGAUGCUCACAUCUGAAUAUCCUUAUAGCGAAUGCGGUAACCCAGCACAAAUUUACAAGAAAGUAACUCUGGGGAAGCUGCCUGCAGCAUUCUAUAGAAUUCAGGACUUAGAAGCACAAAAAUUCAUCGGAAAAUGCUUAGUAUCUGCGUCGAAGCGAUUAUCAGCUCAAGAGCUAUUGCUCGAUCCAUUUCUUGCGCCUGAAGAAACCGAAGCAUCGACAGUUAAAAAGUUGAGAAAUCAGAAGCCGCUCUUCAAUGGCAAAGAAUUGCAGAAGUUGCAUUUGAAUGAUACUCUCCUAAGGACAAAAAUGACAAUAACCGGAAAGCUCAAUCCUGAAGAUGAUACCAUCUUUCUAAAAGUACAAAUUGCGAAUAAAAAUGGUUCUGCAAGGAACAUUUAUUUUCCAUUUGAUAUAUUAAAUGAUACAUCAAUGGAUGUUGCAUUGGAAAUGGUAAAGGAACUAGACAUAGAUGAUUGGGAACCAUUUGAAAUUGCUGAAAUGAUUCACGCAGAGAUUUCAUCUCUGGUGCCAAACUGGAAAAAAUGGGAUUUGCCUCAUAUUCAUACAUUCAACUACAACGACGACGAUGGCCCUAAUCAUCCUUCAUCGUCUUGCUCAUCCUCUCAAUCAUCCUUUUCAGGAUUAAUGGCACAAUUUCACCAAGAUGAUUUGAUUGAUGAUACAAGCUCUCAAAGCUCUUCACACUCAGGAUCAUACUCCAACUUGCAUUACAUUUCUGGCGAUGAUCACAACAAUCACAGCUUCGAUACAAGCCCGACAAGGAGAGCAGAUCAUAAACAUCCCCUUACGAGGACUCAGAACUCGACAAGAUUUUGUCCUCAGGACAAUUCGAAUUCUUACAUCGGACAAGAAAUCGCCAAAGAUGCUUACAAAAACUGCAAGGUUUUGCUGGAGUCAAACUCUGGAACUUCUAGCUCUAAACACAAACAGGCGACAGAUAGCCGUAGACUUACUAGGAACCGAUCGCUAGUAGAUAUUCGGAGCCAGCUACUUCACCGAUCAUUGGUCGAACAAGUGCAUAAGAGAAGGUUGUUCAAGACAGCAGGAGCAGUUGAAGAUGUUGGUUUUCAGGCACCAGUACUUGAUGAUUCUAACAAGGGAUCGCGCCGAGGUUCCAGCAGAAAAAAUAGAAGUGAAUAUGUAUAAUAAGUGCUAUAUAUCCAUUGUGAAUAUGUAUUGCAUAACAGAUAGAGUAUUGGUAUUGCAAAACAAUUAGAAGAACUUGGAAUAAUGUCAAGUUUGGAGUUAUCAGUUUUUGGACAGGAAAAGUAAUGUGCAAAUUGAUAUUGGUUUGACGUUUUAGAUAA